UCCACUCAGCGUCUCUUUUCGGCCUGACUCCUCAGCAAUAUUUUUUUUAAAGAAAGUUGUGAAUUUCCCCCCCCCAUUUUUUUUUCUUUGCUGUGUUCUUUAAAGUCUCUCGCAGCUCCAGGAGGGCUCAUUGGGCGAAGAUGUCCCAGAGCCGCGAUUAAUCGGAGGGAACAGCUGGAAUAUUGAUAAGGGCGGAAAACGGAAAUCAAAUGAAAAGUGGAGGGCACAGAAGCGAGGGAAAGGAAAGCACGUCCUGGAGCUGCGAGCAGCACAGAAGCCCCCUGAGGAAAUGCCUGGUUGAUGCAGCCUGUCUGGAUGGGCUGGGAAUUUUAACUUCAGCGCUGCUCUGGAUCCAACAAGUUUAAAUCUCUCCUCUCCUCGCAAAACUGCAGCGGCAAGGGUAGUAAUCCACAGCUGGGGGAGUUCUGGUUUUGGUCUCAACCUGGAUCUUUACAAACUGCUCUGCCACUGGUUGAGGGGAAAGGGUAUAAAAGGUCAAAUUAAGGACCUUUAAAUAUAUUUUUAAAACAAGUAAGGAUGUUUCAGACUGUACCAGACACCUCGUCUUACGUCAAGGAGGCUCUGUCGGUGGUGAGCGACGACCAGUCCCUGUUCGACUCCUCGUACGGCGCUGCCCCCCAGCUCCCCAAGGCAGAUAUGACGGCCUCAGGGAACCCCGACUACGGCCAACCCCACAAAAUCAACCCCCUGCCCCCGCAGCAGGAGUGGAUCAACCAGCCCGUCAGGGUCAGUGUCAAAAGGGAGUAUGACCACAUGAACGGAUCCAGGGAGUCCCCCGUGGACUGCAGCGUGAGCAAAUGUGGCAAACUCGUGGGAGCAGGGACAGAGUCCAACCCCAUGAGCUACAGCACCUACAUGGAUGAGAAGAACGGGCCUCCCCCCAACAUGACCACCAACGAGAGGAGGGUCAUCGUCCCAGCAGAUCCCACCCUCUGGACCCAGGACCACGUGCGCCAGUGGCUGGAAUGGGCUAUCAAGGAGUACGGAUUGAUGGAGAUCGACACCACCAUCUUCCAGAACAUGGAUGGCAAAGAGCUCUGCAAGAUGAACAAGGACGACUUCCUCAGAACCACCUCCCUCUACAACACAGAAGUUCUGCUGUCUCACCUCAGUUACCUCAGGGAAAGUAGCUCACUGCUGGUCUACAACACUCCAUCCCACACAGAACCCUCCUCACGUCUUGCCACCAAAGAAGGCCCUCCUGUCGCAGGGACACAAAAUGUGAACAAGACGACGGAGCAGCAGCGGCCCCAGCCAGAUCCCUAUCAAGUCCUGGGCCCCACCAGCAGCCGUCUUGCCAAUCCAGGGAGCGGGCAGAUCCAGCUGUGGCAGUUCCUCCUGGAGCUGCUGUCGGACAGUUCCAACGCCAGCUGCAUCACGUGGGAGGGCACCAAUGGGGAGUUCAAGAUGACGGACCCUGAUGAGGUGGCGCGGCGCUGGGGCGAGCGCAAGAGCAAACCCAACAUGAACUACGACAAGCUGAGCCGGGCCCUGCGAUACUACUACGACAAGAACAUUAUGACCAAGGUGCACGGCAAGAGGUAUGCCUACAAAUUUGACUUUCACGGCAUCGCCCAGGCCCUGCAGCCUCACCCCACCGAGUCCUCCAUGUACAAGUACCCGUCGGAUCUCUCCUACAUGCCGUCGUACCACGCCCACCAGCAGAAGGUGAACUUUGUGCCCCCACACCCUUCUUCCAUGCCCGUCACGUCAUCCAGUUUCUUUGGAGCGGCCUCACCCUAUUGGACCUCCCCUGCAGGAAGCAUUUACCCGAACCCCAACGUGCCCCGCCACCCCAACGCCCACGUCACGCCUCACCUGGGCAGCUAUUACUGAGUGCUCUCAGCUCCACGGGGCCUUCACGAGUCUGGUUGGACUUUUUCUUUACUUCUGGGAUUUUUAUGGUUUUUUUGGGGGACCCUCAAUGGAUAAUUGUGGCCUUUCUGGGGAAGAAUUAAAACUGGAUAUUGGUUAUUCCUGGACCAAACCUUUUACUUUUGUAACUUUGCCUCUUGUGUCUUGAACUGAGAGAGAGAUGGAGAGAUGGAGAGACGCUUCUGUGGGCCAGUACUCUGCAUUUCCUUGGGGUUUGAUGCUUGUGUCCUCUGUAGGAAGUGACGAUGAAGAUUGUUCACCGUUACCUGGAAUGAUUCUUAGAGAAAUUUUCAAGGAUUCAAAGGCAUUUGACGAGACAUAGAUCCACCAGUGGGUCGUAGGAAAGGAUGACUACCUGGGGUUUUCUCUCACUGUGGAGCACGUAGGCAAUUUGACUGUUAAGUGGAGGACACUGGGCUGCAGGGGACCACAACUGGAAUCUUAGCUUUAAAGGCAGAUGAGGAUUUUUUUUUCACCCAACUGGAAAUUAAAUAUAUAUAUAUAUUCAUAUAUAUAUAUGUACAUGUAUAUUUUAAGAAGUAAAGGGCAUUGAAGGAACUUUUCUAGAGUGUACAACUCCAUUAGAAUGUGUCUUAACUCCAGAAACAUCAGAAACCAGGACAAAAACGUGACGUGGUGUCGAGCACAGACAUUCCUUGAAAGCAAAAUGAAGUGAAAUAAAUGACAGCGGGUCCCCGGGCGGUGCCAGAGCCCGAGGGGCCCCUCGAUGUAGCGAUUCGCGAACGCUGUGCGUUUGUCAGACCGUCGUCCAAAGGGUCAACAAAUCAAGGCAAAUUACUGUAUAAAUUAUGCAGAGUUAUUUUUCCCUAUAUCUCACAGUUUUAAAAAAGAAAGAGUAAAUAAAACGAGUUGACCUCGGUCACAAAUGCAGGUUUGUUUUUUUUUUUUACUACCAGCUCGGUCUGUUUUUGUUUUAUUUUUUUUAAUGUAAUUUGUACAUCUUUUCAAUCUGUACAUUUGGGCUGUAGCUUUGUACUUUUUGCUAAAAAAAAAAGAAAUAAAAAAUAAGACAUGAGUAAUGUAUCUGUUGGAGACAGCCUUGGUCCUGCAAUUGGAUCCAUAAUUGACCCCAAAGUUGCCAGAUACCUUCCAGAUCGCCCCGGGUUUGUCUAGAGUAGAGUAUUUUCUCAUAUUAAUCUGUUGUAGUUGUCUGCAAAUUAACUCCACUUCGCUCACAUGUUUGCAUUGAAGCUGAUUGAAAACAUGCACAAGAUUUAAAGUGACUAUUUAAAUAUUUUGUGAUCAUUUUUCACCAAAAUCUUUAACUUUGGGAAGAUCUUAACCACUUCAUCGAUAAAAUUAUCAACCACCUCCUUUUUGAUGCCUCCUGUAGGGGCUUUUCCUUGAAAUUUGAAACAUUCCCAAAUUGUCAGCCAUCUCCAGUUUUGCACAUGUUAAUUUGAUGGUUUGGUGCCAUAAACAGAGGGUGAACCACAAAUAUUUGGGUUUUAGAACAGAUGUCUGGGGGGGUGAGAUUUACAUGUAGAACCCAUUAAAUGACUUGUAUUAACUGGCAACCAAUUAACAGGAUCACAACUAUCUAAUCUAGUCUAGACACAACCUCUGGGGCUCUGUGUGGGGGCAAGGUCUGGUCCAUGUGCAUCCGAUUGCAGGAGAGUCUGAACUCAGAGCUCUGGAGUCUGCUCACAACUUUACACAGAAGCACUGAUGCCAUUAUUUAACAAAGUGGAAAAAGAAGAUCAAGCUAAUCCCUUUAGGUCUUAGUGCUCUCGGGGUGUUGAUAAGUAACAUUACUGCAAUAAUCGCAAAAUUGAAGUAUUUGAAGAAAUUACCCAUGGAAAUGGGGCUUUUGCUACUAUAUAUAUGCAAUGUACUUUUUUGGAUAUUAAAAUAUAUAUAAUUUUGCAAGCUA